GGCUGUACUCCUGCCUGGUGUUUAACCCCGAUCAAUUAGUGCUCACCUUGCAAAAUAAAGUUAUUUAAAGGGGGGAUUCUGAGUGCACCAACCCUCAGUGCUACUGAACACGGCGAAAGACUAAAGGUAUCCAUCAGCCAGUACACUCUGCCAUGAACUCCACCGACUUUCCCAAUGUCAAUGUUACUAGUAACUCCACCAUGGUUUUGUUUCCUCCUCUUAUGGACAAAAUUGUUAAUGGCAUCACUGUCCUCAUUCUGUUCAUUACUAUGGUGUCGCUGGGGUGCACCAUGGAGAUCUCCAAGAUCAAAGUUCAUAUUGUCAAGCCAAAGGGAGUGGCCAUUGCUGUUCUGGCCCAGUAUGGAGUUAUGCCACUUACUGCAUUUUUGUUGGCAAAGCUCUUUCAGCUUAAAGACAUUGAAUCUGUGGUAGUGCUGAUAUGCGGGUGCUGCCCUGGGGGCAACUUGUCAAAUAUCUUCUCUCUGGCUCUCAAAGGAGACAUGAACCUCAGCAUUGUCAUGACCACCUGCUCCACCGUGCUGGCUUUAGGAAUGAUGCCACUCCUUCUCUAUCUGUACUGCAAAGCUCUCAUUCCUAAUGCAGAGAGUGUCAUUCCCUACACAGGCAUCAUCGUCGCUCUCCUCAUGACGAUAGUCCCAUGUGCAGUUGGGAUCUUCAUCAAUGCCAAGGCUCCACGCUACUCCAAGAUCAUUACAAAGAUUGGAGUGAUCCUGAUGUUGAUAGCCACAGUUGUAAUUGGUGUCAUUGCUGGAAUGAAUAUUGGCACAGAAGUCUGGACAUUGCUUUCUCCUCGACUGAUCGGUACCUGUGCCUUCAUGCCACUCAUUGGAUACUUCCUGGGCUACUUCCUGUCAGGCCUGCUCUGCUUGAAUGAACAGUGCAAGAGGACAGUUUCCAUGGAGACCGGCUGUCAAAACACCCAGCUGUGCACAGCAGUCCUCAAGGUGGCCUUCCCACCCGAGCUGAUUGGCUCUUUGUUUCUCUUUCCUCUCAUCUACAUCCUGUUUCAGGCAGUGGAAGCUCUGAUAUUUAUUGUGGUGUUCCGAUGUUAUGAAAAGAUCAAGUCAAAAAUGAAUAAUCCAAAAACCAAUGCAGACAACAAGCUAAAGGAAGUCAAUCUGGUGCAAAAUUUAAUAGAGAAAUAAAGCCAGAAAAAGAAUAGAAGGUGCUGGAGACAGACUGGUUUGUAACUAUCAUCAGUUCCUGCUUCAUAUGCUUUAAAAACUGGUAUUCAAAGCAAACCGUAUGCCACCUAACAACACUGCAUCCAAACAGGAACAUUAUUGGUGCACCGGAUGAGGCCUGAGCCUCACUCAUCUCUAAGAGUUGACUCUACAGUACACAAGGGCUAUCUGUUCAGCUACUUGGAGUACUGUCUCAAUGUCGACACCCCAUCCAAAGCUCAAGUAGAGGAGAGGCACGCAAAAAAUGUCCUUUCAAUGCCAGUGCAAAACAAUACACAAAAAGUUCCAAUUGACCAUUGUGAUCUUAAACUGUGAUCCUCCAAAUUAGAAUGUAUUGUGUGGCCAUGCCUUGAUUUAAAGGCAGAAAAGAAGCCAAAAUCUCACUCUUCUGCAAGUUCCAUAAAAUUUGUCAUCUGAAUCAAGAUGCCCUGCUGCCUGCCUUGUAUAGAGCCGUGUGCGAGCGAAACUAAUGGCAGAAACCAAGUAUGGAUCAGGUGCCAGGUUUGUCUUCACAAAGGAAAGGAAAAAUGAUACAAAAAAGAGAUUAUGAGAGUCAGAUUAGCUUUUAAGAAAUCAUUCCAAUAGUAAUAUACAGUCUGAAAUUUGAACAAUUUGUAAGACCACGUUUUUUUGUAUCUAAACUGUUAGCAUCAUUAUAUUUACUGUAUUUAAAGAAAUGACUAUUGUUAUAUACAGGAAAUACAUGUUUGAUGUAUGUCUAACACAUGUACAAGAGUAAAGUUGCUUAUUAUGCAGCAAAGUGAAAUUAAAAUGUUAUGGUUUGUAUAAAGCAAGCAGAUCUAGUAAUAACAGUAAAAGGUAACAAGAAACCGGCAGUCUGAGCAGACACAUGCUACCUAAGAAUCCUUGUAGGAUGCUGGCUAGUAAAGCGAGUUAUAUGGCAUACAAGCUCUUCUGUCUGUGUUACAAAGGGGGGCAAAGCUUGUAGGGAAUUGCCCAAGAAGACUUUAAGCUGCCAAAGGAUCGUCUACAAAGUUCUAAAUUAAGAAUCUGAACAGGUCCAUGAAUGAGUGAUUUCAGUUUCUCAUUUGUAAUGAUUUUACGAACCUUUCUAAAAACAUGUUUUCACUUUGUCAUUAUGGAUUAUUGAGUGUAGACUGAUGGGCAAUAACAAUAAUGUGUGCAGAAAGCGCAUGGCUCUGAAUAAUUUCUGAAUCCACUGUACUUUUCAGCCCUCCUUGUGUCUCCUUCAGCACUGUGUGUUUUUGUUUUUUAUUCGUCUUGUUUCAGUCAUUUUUUUCAACUUCAUGCUAUAAUUUAGCCUCUUUUGUUAAUAAAAAGCCAAGUGAUGUUGUGCGCAGUUAA